GGCCACAGAGAAGGGGAAGGACCUGAGACAUGGCGGACAACCCAGCACCCAGAGCCAGACGCCUGAUGGACAUAAACACCUUCGAGGAAAACUUCUGUGACGUCAGGGCGAACAAAACAUACCUGUGCUACAAGGUGGAGGUCCGGGAGGGGGACGCCUGGACCCCAGUGCUGGAGCACUGGGACUACCUGCGCAACCAGGGUGCGGACACACCCUGGUUACCCCGCCGUCAUGCAGAGUUGUGCUUCCUGGAUCUGUUCCCUUCUUGGCCCCUGGAUCAGGAGAAGCAGUACAGACUCACCUGGUACAUCUCCUGGAGCCCCUGCCCUGACUGUGUCCCGGAGCUGGUUGAAUUCCUGAAGAAGAACAGCCACGUGAAACUGUACAUCUUCGCUGCUCGCGUCUAUACCUACUUCCUGGGAUAUGAACGUGGGCUGUGUGACCUGCGGGACGCUGGGGCCCAACUUGCCAUCAUGACACACAAUGAGCUCCAGCACUGCUGGGACACCUUCGUGGACAGCCAGGGCCAGCCGUUCGAGCCCUGGCCUAACAUGGAAGAACAAAUACAAGAACAAUCUCAGCAGCUGCAGACCAUUCUCAGGAAUCCGGAAAACUGAAGCACGGACGUCCGUCUCUCUGAGCGGCCGGAGGUCUUCUGCUGAACGAGGAAUAAAACAUUUUCUUCAAGAAAUGAAAAAGCAUCACAUGACGCAUCUCCACCUGGACCCACAGAGACCAGCAGAGGCAGCCAAUGGGCUGCUGAGGAAUUUUUAAAAAUCUGAUCCAUUUACUUGUCAUUUAAGACCUGUGAUGUGUUCCAAACACACACUGGUAACAUUCUAUUUCAUACUGUCUGAAUCACUUUUUAGGGAAAUAAUGAUUUUCUAUUGAUUUUAAAUCUAGAGCGAUAACAUGAAUGAUUAAGAAUCUUCCACAAAAUGUCUGUUCAUCUGUAAGUACAGCAGGAAGUCCAAACAGUUCAAUAAACACCAGCAAAGUG